AUUUUGAAGCAAGUUUUAUUCGCCUGAUUGACAAAGUGACCAAUGGCUCUCGGAUUGAAAUAAACCAAACAGGAACUACCUUGUAUUAUCAGCCUGGUCUGCUGUACGGAGGUUCGUUGGAACAUGACUGCAGCCCCAGUCGUAGUAUUGGCUACUAUUUGGAAAGUCUGCUGUGCUUGGCACCUUUCAUGAAACAUCCACUGAGGAUUGUCCUGAGGGGAGUAACAAAUGAUCAAGUAGAUCCUUCGGUUGAUGUCCUUAAAGCAACAGCUCUACCCCUACUGAAGAAGUUUGGAAUUGAUGGUGAAGGUCUGGAAAUCAAGAUCAACCGGAGAGGAAUGCCUCCCAAAGGGGGUGGAGAGAUACUGUUUGCUUGCCCAGUGAGAAAGGUCUUGCAGCCUAUUCAGUUCACAGACCCUGGCAAAAUCAAGCGCAUCAGAGGAACUGCAUACUCUGUCCGAGUGUCACCACAGAUGUCAAACAGAAUGGUGGAAUCUGCAAGGAGCAUCCUGAAUAAAUUCCUCCCUGAUAUUUAUAUCUACACAGAUCAUAUGAAGGGGAUCAGCUCUGGAAAAUCACCAGGUUUUGGGAUGUGCCUUACUGCAGAAACUAUCAAUGGCACUAUCCUCAGUGCUGAGCUAACCUCAAACCCUCAGGGCCAGGGAACAGCUGUGCUUCCUGAGGAACUUGGUCAGAAUUGUGCUAAGCUGUUGCUUGAGGAGGUCUACAGGGGAGGCUGUGUAGAUUCAACAAAUCAGAGCCUUGCUCUGCUCCUGAUGACCCUUGGACAACGGGAUGUUUCCAAAGUCCUGUUAGGACCUCUGUCUCCAUACACGUAAGUUCAGUUUAAUUAA